UUGCUCAGACAACACAAAUGGCAAGCGGCCAUGUCCAUCUACCAUCCCCACUUUCACUACUCUCUCUCUCCCCCUGCCGCUUUGGCCCCUCUUCUUGCUCUCACAUGAACACCAUGAUUGAUUCCCCGACGUGUCUUCUGUGGUGGUGCUGAGACAGAGACAGGGGAGGUGAAGGAAGGAAGAUCACCACCAGGACAUGGAUUCCUUAAUACUGGGAAGAUCUCAUUUUCUCAAGUUUUCAUUUGGGAGAACCCUCCAACUCCUCGGGUCACUUCCUAUUGUCUAGGAACCACGGUUGAUUCUUUAUGCAUUUGAUGGUGGUAAUGAUCUGGGCAUUAGAGAGACAAUAAACAAGCUGCUUCAGGAAUGGGCUCCAUGACUGUUGGGGAGUCUGCAAUUUCUGAGAACUCUUCACCCAAAUUGAAGCCCGGGAUUCGGAUGAGUGUGGAUUUGGUAGCGGCGGCCAGAAAGCAUGUUUCAUUUCUUAGAACAGUGCAUCAUUCUGCAUCGCUGCAUCAAACUGGUUUCCUGUCGCAGGCCAUAAGAAGGUAUCAUCAACUAUGGAUGCCUCUGUAUGCCCAGAUAUCCGAUUCCUCCCCGCUGGUUCUUCCUCCUAUGGAUGUGCAGUACAUUUGGUUCUGCCACACCUUGAAUCCUGCGGCUUUCCGUCGGUAUUGCAUGUCGAGAUUCUCGAAAGUGAUCGAGAAACCAGCCAUCUUUGAUGAUGAAAAUGAAGAGUACGCCAUGAAGAGAUGCAGGGAGAUAUGGAAACAAAGGUACCCAUCUGAGCCUAUUGAUCCAAGAGACUGUCCAGAGGAUCCUGCGGCUGCGGGGGAUACUGACCUUCAUGGGGUCGACUUGUUAGCUGUGGCGAUAAAGCAAUUGCGGUUCUAUACGCUGGUUUCCGACCCAUUCUGGGGGGAGAGUUCCUUCCUGGUAUCUGCAAAGCACAGAUACAGAGGAUUUAUCUAUCUGCUGCAGAAGUUUCGGGAUGGACAUUCUUUGUUGGUACCCACCAUUGAUAUUCUUCUGAUAUGGAUGACCCACCAGAGUUUCCCGGCGAGUUAUCACCGAGAUGUUGGGGAUAUGGAAAUGUUUGGAGAUUGGGAGUGUAUGAAAGAGGAAGACAUGAAAGCCACGUGUAGACUAUGGGAAGCUACGUUCGAUCAUCCAUACGAGAGAGCAGGAGUGACUUUUGAUAGGACCAGGUCGCCGGUUUAUUGGGAGGCAUCAGCCGUAGACGUGAAUCGUGGAUUUAAAUCUCUUGAACCGAGACUUGUCACGGAGGCUUGUAUAUUCAUGAAGGGGAAUGUAGAGGAAGGAUGUGUUAAGAAGACCUUCUUGAGACUAAAAACCAUCAGACGCCACAAAGAGUUCAGAAUGGACAGGCAUGUCUCUAGUAUAUUGAGAUGCUCAUCAGAGAUGGCUUUUUGGCAAAAAGAGUGCCAGUUGUGGUGCGAACUAGGAACCAGGGGAAUAGCUGUUGAACUACGAAGAAAGGGAAGGGGCUUUUUCCGAUCAGAACUGGUGGAGGAUAUUGUCUUUUCGUGGAAGGAGGUGAUGAGGGCACCAUCUCUCACUGUUGGCCGAGUAAUAACAGUAGUAGAAAAGGAGGGGAAAGCGAAGUUAAGAGUGGUGGUAUCAAUGACACCACCAGUUCAGGCACCAUAUCUUCUCAAGUGUGUACCUGACAGGGUCACGGACGAUGCUGGUGCAAUGAUUUCUGAUGUUAUUCUCCGGAUGAACAAGUAUCGGCCUCAAGAGGGUAGAUGGUUGUCUCGAACAGUUCUUGAUCACAGUGGGAAGGAAUGCUUUGUUAUAAGAAUCAGGAUGGCCCAAGGAUUUUGGAGAAGAGGGGGAGAAAAUCCAAAGCCUGUUAAAUGGGAGGAACGAAUCAUCCAGGUGUGCGAUGGUCCCUGGUCAUAUGUUGCUGACUCCAUAGGGAUUGCCCCAGAACGGAUCGUGGGAACAGCCACACCUAAAGUAGAUGUAAGAGAAGAAGUUUUACAUGGCAAUGGAGUUAUAUGGUCUCUGUCAACUGGUUAUGAGUUGACCAUACAAUGGGCGCGAGGAUUAGAUUUCUCACUAGAAAACAACACUUCUGGUGAACAUGUUAGACUACUGAAGGGGAGGAAGCUGCAGUAUCAGGUAGCAGAACCGCAUUUAGACAAGGAUGACAUUGAGGAGGGGUUCGUGACAUUAGUUCGGUACUCAUCAGAUGACCCAGUUGGAAGAGCAACGGCUCUGUUGAAUUGGAGAUUCUUCACUGUCGAGUUCCUGCCAGAAGAAGAUGCAGCUACUGUGUUGCUCGUAUGCACAGCAAUAGUUCGGACGGUUUCAGAUGUAAAGGGAGAAGAUGUGGGGAAUUUGUUGGUGCGAAGGAGGCUGAAGCAAGCAAAAGCAGGAAGCAGAGACUGGGGAUCUGUAGUACUUGGCCAUGACACGUUUUCUCAAUUGAAAGAUGAGAUUUCCUCAAAUGUGCACCUUCAACCCUGGCACUGGAAUCCCAAGGAGGUGAUGUCAUUGCCAGAGAUGAGUUACAGUUUCCAAACUGGGUUUGGUCAGUCUUCAAAUGCUGAUGGUGGGGAUCGAUUAUAUCAAGGGGGGAUAUAGAAAGAAGGGAAGAUCUAUAUCAGGUUUUAGCAGGCUGUUCUGAUGGAGAACCCUUGCUGCAGAAGAUCUGUUGAAGCGGUUGUUCAGCCAUGAAGAUUUAUGGCCUUUCUUCCUACAAAGAACGGGACAAUCCAACCUUCAAGUGAUGUAUAUAAGGCCAUUGCCUCAAUGCGAUAAUCCAUAGUUGCUGCAGGAAUGAAGCCUAUGCUUGUUGCUGAAUGAUUCUAAUUAUGAAAUAUGGCCCCUCCCAGUGUUGAUGUUUUUUCUGAAACCGAGUCAGAUUAAAUACAGAAGAACCUGUAUGAUUGAACACACACCUCAUGCUGUAUAUUGGUAUCAGCCAUAAUCUGAGGCAUUGAAAGUCUAUAUAAAGUACACUAUCUGCAUUGCUUUGAGAUUCUUGAGGAUCCAAUUACCAUGAUGAACCGAGUAUUCGAGUACAUUUUUUCCCUUUGGUGAUAAUUUGGGACAAAAGAUGAAAAUUAUUUCUGGAGAUAGAACAAUGAGUUUGAUGUUUCUAUUGAUUCUAAAGGAAUGGAACUCUAUUUAUUAUGAUC